CUUGGUGGUCCGGAGGAUCUGUGCAUGGAUGGAGGGCACAUUUUCAUAUUCAAAUCCGGAUGUAUCGUGGCGUGGAAUAUCAAAAAGAAAGAGCUGAACAAGGUGGCUGAUAUCCUGGGCGAGGUCAGCAUUGAGGAGUAUCCUGCUAAGGUGGAGGAUUUUAUCAAUCAGCAUACACGGGUGAGGGGUGCCAAUGUCAUAUUCAAUGUAGACGCUGGGACGGAGACCCACGAACUAGAACGCUUCGCAGUGUCCGAUGCUCUGGCUUUGAGCGUGAAGCUGGAUGUGUGGGAAGACGACGGUGACGCGAUUAUCCAAAGCAUGCAGAACAUUCCGAUGGAGAUGAAGCAAGGACUCGGUAUGAAUGCCGGUACGAAAUUUAUGAUGCAGAAGACUGGCGAGCUUCAGCUUCUCCGCUACAACAUCAAUCUGUCAUCGAGUCUCAAAUCCAUCCCAGACUUCUACUGGGACCGACCUGAAUUAGAAAAGUUGUACCUUCGGAUGUGUGAAGUGAGCCUGGACGUGAAAGAACGGACCUCCAUCAUAAACGAGAAACUUGGCUAUAGCAACGAUCUAGCGAAUGUCCUCCGGGCUUAUAUCGACCAGUACCAUAUGGCAUACACUGAAUCAUCCAUAGUAGCGUUGAUCGUGGUGUGUAUUGUCUUUGAGACCAGUCACUGGUUUGACCGCUUUGGAAUGAUCCCUGGCUUGACAGCACACUGAUAAGACCCGCUCGCACGAGGACAGGCAGAUACCGAGGUAAACGGUUAUAUGCACUGUAGUGCGAUGGCCGGUUAACAAAGCAGUCAUAUGGUGCAUCCCUACACACAUGAUACGAGGAUGCUUGUUUCUGAAGGUGCCUCCAAUGCGCAACUGCGACGGUGGCGCUCACUCGGAGUAUGUGCUCGCACCAACCAGGGCACGCCUGG